CAUGAGGUAGAAACAAAACUAGGCUUUGGCUUGCUUGGUUUUCGCCCAAGGUGGCGGCAAAGCUCUAGAUUCUACGAGGAGCAAUUUGCACCACAAGCACAGGCUUUCCACCAUUCUACAGCGAGUGUUCAGAUUCUGCUCGAGAAUUCAUGGUCUUGUUGAAGUUCAAGUUUCUUCAAAGAUUCCGUUGUCGAGUGAGUACUUAUGAUCUGUUCCAGUAUGUGGGUCUCUCCGGUAGACUGCCGAUGCCGCGAGGCCUGCCUAUGUGUCUCUGUCUUUUUUCCCUACUUCCGUAUGCAGGCAAAGUCCAAGAACAAACCUCUUUCCCUCACCCCGUUCCUAUGCUACCGCACGAUUUUUCUCCCCGCUUAAAUAACUAGAUUACUAGAAGUAGCAGGUUUUUCUUCUUUCUUAGAUAUGUGAAUAAACAAAUGAACCUUUGAUUUCGAAUCCGAAUACGUGGUCAAAAUGGAACAGAACUUGUGCUUAUUGAUUUGACACCUUAGCGGUGUGAAGACGAGCAUAGGUACAUAAAUCGGACAUCGAUCGUAGAAGACUGCGACUUUCUAGAUGAAAAAUAGGAUAUUUAAUUAGCGUAGUAGUUAUUCAGAUUCCAAUUGUGGUAUCGGUAAACAAGACCAAGACAAUGGCAUCCGAGAACGAGGACGAGAGCAGUGACGGCAUACGCAUUAUGAGUGAUGGGGAGAAGUCCAACUCCAAUAUCCAGCACUCGUCUCCUAAGAAGAAGAGUGAUGAAGUUGUUGCGGCCUCCACAUCACCGCAAAGGAAGCAGAAUCCGAAGCGCCCUAGAACUAAUACUAAUCCUCCAGAAGCUGCAGAGGACGAGGAGCUGGACAAGAGCCCUCUGUUAGUAGGAGCCUCAGACGAGAGUGGCAUGGGUAAGACGGACGCCCACAUCAACGACGAACAGCACAAUACUUCUACUACCACGACUACAAAUAAGAAAGGCGGUAAUAAGAUGAAAAAGAAGCAACAACAAGAUGCGCAAAAUAACAACGCUUGUUCAUCUUCUAGUGGCUUGCACAUCAACUAUGACCGAAGCGCCAUGUUCGGAUUUGGCGAGCUUUCUCAUGAUCCCAUAGUCGACUAUGAGGGUGCUACGCCAUCAGUCGUGUCUUGUCCCUCAGCGUCUCAACAGUGGCCACCAAAGGUGGACGUCAUUUCGAAGCUAAAGCGCACUGAAAAAGCUCAGGAAGAGGGGGAAAGGUGUAAGAAACGAAGGUUGUUGGCGGCUAGAGAAGAAGCAGCGAAAGUAGCUGCUGCAAAUGGUACAAGCAGCAGUCGAGAAAGUGCUGGCGACAAACAAAAACUGUUUCUCCAGGACGAGGAAAAUCGGCAGCAAAAUAAGAGGAGGAAAGGAUCAUCAGCUUCCUCUAAUGUACCUCCUUCCUUAGGAUCAUCCUUGUUGGCCAACGUUCUCAAACAAAAGACGAAAUGGAAAGGUGAAUCAACACAGGUGAACAAUACAUCUAUGGAAGUGGAGGAAGAUGAACGAGGUUUCUUGAACAAAAGCGCGCAAGGAAGUCGCCUCUCCCUCGACAAGGUACCCACUGCACGAGGAAGAGGAAGUAGUGCGGAUCUGCUUAAUGCCACUUCGUUUCUGAACACAUCAAUAAGUGCUUCUUCAUCGGCUAUUGUAGUGGAUCUAGAACAGGAAAGCGAAACUAUUACAGCGACAACAUUGUUGACAGGUGGACAUUUAGGUACAGAUGCUGCAGGUGGACAACGACAACCUACCACGGCAGGAGCGUCUAGCAGUAGCACAACCACUACGACAAACACCAAUAUCCAACUUUCUACGACUACAACAUCUUUUACUUCUAGUAAUUCCACCUCGAUCACAGCGGGACUUAUCACAGGGCCUCCUGGAGCAACGGAGAAUCCAACUUGGCUCCACCAGGCUCGUGCUCUGCAGACCCAAUCAAAGUACUGGCCGCCUGCUCCGGGAAACGCUUUGGAUAGCAACUUGUUGGAGAGUAUGUUAGGUGUCCCUUUGACCGACAAGGAGUUCCAGAAACUACCGCCUCCAGCCUGUCAAACCAUACAUCAAGAUGCGCAACUGCCUUGCUUUGUCACCGUGUUUCGCAACGUCUUACCAGACACCUUGUGCACGCGACUGCUGAGGCAGUCUUUGUAUGGGGAAUUGAGUAUGGCAAUAAAAAUCAAUAUUAAUAAUUUUUCCCAUCUCUUUUAUUUUUCUUAGGGGCCCGCCCUAUGAAAAAAAGAGAUGGCUAUGUAUCUAUAUUAACAGCACAGUUCAUCCCGCCGGUAGGCUUGAAGGACUACUUGGGAUGCACAUGAAUGAAACCAGCACAGUUGUAUCUAUCACCAGUGACAAUUCAGCAUGCCCAUCCUCUUGCUCUAACGUCCGAGACAAGUUCCAGCAGCAAAGUUGGUGGGUGCAUGGUAAGAAGGGGAAGACACCUCGAAAGACGUUCAACUGGCUCAGAGAGGACUGGAACACGCAGAUGAAACAGGCAGCGGACAUCAUAGAAGAUCUCGUCAACAAAGAGCGAAAACGAAAAGAGAAAGCAGGUGAGUUGUAUAGAUUGUGCUAUCCGCCGACAGCAACAAGUGCCACGUCUAAGAAAAGAAAAGAAGGAAAAGGAGCAAGCAAGACGGGAGGUGGUAAAAGACGGAAGACUAAAAUGAACACUUCUACGAGUGAGGAAGAGGAGCGGAAUGAAAAACAAGCAGAGCAGCAGGACCAAGACGACUCGAGAGUAGCGGAACAAGAAGAGGACAACGCACCAACAGAAGCAGAAACAUCCUCCACAUCUCAAAGUCUUCCAGCUGCAGGUCCUGGCUACUAUCCUCUGCCAGACAAGUGGCAAGCCUCUUAUGCUUUAGCAAAUUGGUACCGCGAUGGCAAUGACCACGUCGGACCGCACCAAGACUCUCUCGCCAAGUUAGGUCCUUGUCCAGUGAUUGUCUCGCUCAGCCUAGGCGCCGGACGAGAAUUCGUGCUCAAGCAUAGGGCGACGCAUGAGAAGCUAAGUGUGAUGCUUUUGCAUGGUGACGUGUGUAUCAUGUGGCCGCCAUGCCAAGAGGAGUUUCAGCACAGCGUACCAAGCAUGCCUAGUGGACCGGUUCCGCAUGUCAUUCAGAGUUAUGGGAAUGGGCGGGUCUUCAUGUCAAAUAUUAAUUUACUGGGAGUGGCCCAGUGCCGCAUGUUAUUAUUCGAAGUUAUGUUCUAUUCAGUUGUUUUACAAGUCACAUGUAGAAUUCACUUGUUAAGUAGGCGAGGAGUAGGUGUAGUUCGUGAACGUCGAAACAGAAGCUCUGUAAAGCUUUUCAUUUUCUUUUUUUGAUGUCGCAAUUAUCUUUUGCAAGAAUGAAUUUCUAAAAAACCUAGUAAGUCCUAUAGUUAAUAAUUCUUGUUGCACCUCCAACCAAGGAUCUGGAUUCAUCAACCUCCAUCUACUCGCUUCUAAUCUCCAGACGGCAAAAACAAGCCCAUUGAGGACCGAAUCAACUUCACCUUCCGCAUGGAAAGGCCAGAAUACGCAGAUUUGACGCCACAGUGCGAGUGUCAGGCAAACUGUAAUCUGAAACCGGAGUUGCGAUCAUGGGCUAAAUGGAGACUAGAUAAUGGUAAAAAAAGUAAAGCUCAAGCUCCUCCCAAAGCUAAUGAUCAUCUUCAUCAAGAGUUGCUGCAAUGUAACAUAGUACCAGGAAAAAAUUUUGGGCAGUAUAAUUACCGCUGUGAUCCAGCUAAGGAUGGAAAACCUUGUGGCUUCUUUACGGUAGCACCGUGGAGUGUGAAGGGAAGCUCGAGCAACUGACUGGAGUUAGAUUUAAGCUUAUAUCGACGCAACAAGUUCUUGUACAAUAAGAAGACUGCUGCUUCAAUGGAACUCUCCAGCUCCAAGCAU